AUGGCCAUGUUAUCUCAAAGAACUUUCAAGAACCUUCGUCGUGGCAGCCGGGCCAAAGUUAUUCGCCCUUGUGGUCGCUUUGCCCUUCAAAUCCAGGCCCGUUUUGGGGGUGGACGCGGGAACGUGCUUGACCGCCCUGAUGUUGAUUUGAGCAAGCGGCUGGGCGGAUUCGACCUAAGCGAUUUCAACUUGGGCGGCUGGAAACCAAGCACGGAGUCGGGCCGUAGCGGCUCUGGCCUCGAUAAGGACAAGCAGUCUCCCCCGGGCGGCGGCAACUACCGUGUUCUGCUGAUGGACAGCCCGCAGCACUCGGAGAAGGUGGUGGUCAGGGGAAUCUGUACCGUGGUGCCCAAUGCGGAUGAAGCCCACGCGCGGAACUGUUACCACACCUCCAAACAGCUGGGCAUGGCCAUUAUCACGACAGCUCUGAAGGAGCACGCGGAGUUUUACAGGCAGCAGCUGUAUACGUACGGUUGCCGUACGGCGAUUGAGCCGGACAGUACCGUUGCUUAG